AUGAUGAAGCAUGAUGUAAUGGUGAAACCCUUACCCGUUAGUGUUGGCAAAGACAUACCAAAAAAGAGUCUGUGGAAAUCACGUUCCUCUUCGGAGACUUCCACGCCAAAAAGUCCCAUGACCAAAGCUUUUGACUUUCUACCAUGGUCACGUAGCAAAAAAUCCAGUGAAAAAUCAAAUAAAUCCACGGAGAAUAAAAACAAAUCAGAUCUGCCACCACCGAGUGGUGCCAAGAGCAGCUCCAACACAUCCUCCGAAGAUAAACGGGAUGCACUGAACUAUCAGCGAAAUAUUUCCCGAAAUGGCGGCAGUCUAAUCAAGGACAUUUUGGGUGAUAAACAAAAUAAAGAUGAACGACCGCUCAAGAAGUCAUCAUUGCGUCGAGCUCGCCAAGUCACCACGCGCAACAAGAGUCUCGAUAUUCACGAACUCAUCAAUUGUGUGGAAAAAGAACUCGAAAAUGGCUCGGAAAUGGGUGGGGAAAAAGGUCCGCACCGUUUUCUCGAUGAUACAUUCAUUGACACCUCACCAAAACACAUCCUAUUCAACGAUGAGAACACGGUUUAUCUGAUAAAGAAAGGUCAGCCGGUCAAUAAAUCUCUCAAAAACUGUGAUAAAGAACGUAAAACUCAUACGGAGAACAUACUCAAGGCCCGCCUUAGAUUCAAGAAAAUCUCAUCAUCCUCCUCCCCUGCCUCAGCUGAUAGCAAUGCCAAUAAUACAACAACACAUGCGGAUUAUAAAUCCUCAAUACUUUUAAAUAAUAAUCAUGUGAUAGGCCAAGAUAAAAUGGUCCCUUCUCGUAGAAGUAUCCUGCAAAGGCAAAUUACCAAUCCCGAAGAUUAUAGUGGCUAUAAGCCUUGUACUAGUCCCAUUCAAUUGCGUAAAAGAUCUCCUUCGGCUGGACGAUAUCAGCAACACCAACACCAUAAAAUGCAGGGUUCUGGUGGUGGUGGUGGCGCCGGAGGUGUUUACUCCUCACCUCCCUUUCAGCGACGCAAAUCUUUAACCGAAGGCCUGAUCUAUGAUACGCACAACAGCGGUGGCAUGCUGUUGCAUGAUAGCGGUGGUGCGGCUAACUCCAGCACCAGCAGCAUGGGUAGCGGUGUUAGUGCAAGUGGUGGCGGAGGUGGCAUUUUAAAUGAUCGCCCCAAAACCGAUAAACCACGCAAGAAAUUGUCCUUUCGUGAACCCGUGGUCGCAGAAAAACGUCGCUCCCGCCGCCAAAGUGCGGAAGUUGUUUCGGUCACCACAAAUGGAAUUAAUGUACAACCCGCCACAAUCAAAACCAACUGCAACUCACCAAUUUCGAACUGUGAUAAUUUAGCUAAUAAUAGUAGUCGACGUUCGACGCCAUCUAAUGAUGUGACAACGCCGACAGAAGAGGAUUUAAUGCAGUCUCAGGCCAUGCGUAUUGUACGUACCGUUGGACAGGCCUUUGAAGUAUGUCACAAAUUUAAUAUACACAAAAAUUCCCUGGAUCAGACAGAAGAACGUUCAGAUAUCUCAUCAUCCGAGCUAUUGGAUGUCGAGACACGUUCUGAACAGCAUGCCAGUGAUGAUGAUAUUCAUAACAAAAAAGCUGUAACACCGGACAUAAAUGUACCCCAAAGGCCCAAUCAUUUGGAAUUGAUACCGCAAACGAAUCUCAGUAAAUCUGGAAGUUUAGUGACCGACGAAGACAAAUCCCCAACAUCACCAUCUUCGCCCAGUCGUGAAAUAAAUAAACUGAAAGAUCAACUGGAACAGCAGGCAAUGCAAACACGCCAUGCUCUAACGCAGCUAAUGAUGGUGAGAGAACAAUUGAUAUCGGAAACGAAUGCACGAAUUGAAGCCCAGGCUCGCACACAACAAUUGUUACAACAAAAUCGUGAACUACUGGAACAUUUAGCCUCAUUGGGUGCAUACAAUGAACAGCAGGCGCCUGGCUUGACCACAGCCAAUAUAGGAAUGGCACCUCAGAAUCAUCUACAAAUGUUACUGCAGGCCACAGCUGGUAAUGCCAAUAAUAAUUUGGCCACAAUUAAUCAGCAAAUUAAUAAUUUGGGUACCAUCAAUCAACAACUGACAUCGCUCAGUCAUCAACUAAGCGGCCUGAAUCAACAAACACAAAAUCUACAAAAUUUUCAACAACAACAGCAGCAACAGCAAACCCCCACAUCGGCAUCGUCGUUAGCUCAGCAACAAAACAAUGCCCUACAAACACCAACAUCAUCAUUUAGCCAAUCGCAAUUACAUCUUAAUGUUUCUGGAGCAAGCACAGGCAAUCUGACCACCAAUACAUUGUCGACCAGCCCCUUCCCAUCGAUGAAUCAAUUACAAAAUAUUACAUCACAACUGCAGCAGCUGAGCGCUUCACCAAAUGUCCAACAGCAACAGGAGGCCCUGUCUAAGGAUCUGUUUCAGGUCAAUCAGGAACUACUGAAUCGACUGCAAGCAUUAAAUUUGGGAGCCAGUGGAGCGACAUCGGCUUCUGCCCUGGCUCUACCCAAUGGUGGAGCCACAACACCCUCCUCCUUCUUCUAUGUCAAUCCGAUGUCAUGCAGUCCCUCAAACAAUAACAACAAUGCCAGUAGUAAUUAUAAUUUCUUAAGCACUCCCACACCCAGUUCUAUGGGCAAUUUAACGCCCUCACCCAUGGGCACCCUUAAUCGCAACUCGUAUUCCAAUUCACCGUUAACUCUAAACGACGAAAUACAAUUGAGUUUGGAUAAAAAUCUGAAUGCGCUCGAUGAGCAUUUGAUGAAACCAUUCAAUCAUCAGCUAACACAGUCGGUGUCAAAUGGCAAUAUAGCCGGUUCCGGUGGCGGAUCCAGAGAGAAUAGUCGUUCAUCGUCAACGGUGGACUCGCCGCUGUCACAAAUGGUGCGCAGCACAUCAAAUUUAAAUAGCAACAAUAACAACGAUAUGAGUCCAUCAUCUUCAAAUUCGCCACGUUACAAUACGGUUACCCUCAAGGUUACCGACGAAGCCGGCAAUGUGACAAAUCAGCGUAAACUAUCCGCAACUCCGAGUUUUAUACAACGUAGUACCAGUGAAAAAGUACCAAAUCGUAGUCAAAUUAUGAGUCAGGUGCAGAGAACUGCAUGGGCUAGGCAUACAACUAAAUAACAAUGGGAGAUAUUU